UUCUGGGUGAUGGCCAUGACCUCAUGCUGACCUGUGCCCCGGGGAGCCUGGUGCCCACGCAGAUGUCCUCUCCCCCUCCUCGGUCCCCUCCGGUGACCACGGGCAUGCCCUUCUCCAGCUUGGCCCGGGCCGAGGACGAGAACUUCGACUUCCUGUUCAAGGUCAUCCUCGUCGGGGACUCCAACGUGGGCAAGACGUGCGUGGUCCAGCACUUCCAGUCGGGCAUCUUCAGGGACACGCAGCACAACACCGUCGGGGUGGACUUCACCGUGCGCUCCCUGCACAUCGACGGCAAGAGGGUCAAGAUGCAGGUGUGGGACACAGCCGGCCAGGAGCGCUUCCGGACCAUUACCCAGAGCUACUACCGCAGCGCCCACGCGGCCAUCAUUGCCUACGACCUCACCCGCCGCUCCACCUUCGAGUCCAUCCCCCAUUGGAUCCAGGAGGUUGAGAGGUACGGCGCUGCCAACCUGGUCGUGAUGCUGAUUGGAAACAAGGCGGACCUGUGGCAGCAGCGGAGGGUCCUGUUUGAGGACGCCUGCACGCUGGCCGAGAAGCACGGGCUCCUGGCGGUGCUGGAGACCUCGGCCAAGGAGUCCAGGAACGUGGACGAGGUCUUCGUGCUCAUGGCCAAGGAGCUCAUGGCCCGCAACAGCCUGGCCCUGGGCUCAGAGGGCGCCCUUGGCAGCCUGGCCCUGGACUCCAGCCCCGUCCUCGUGGGCCAGGGUCCCAGGGCCAAGGCCCCCUGCCACUGUUGA